CCACCGCCCCCCUCUGCUGCGUGAGGAAAUGGCUCUCACGUGAGGGAGGCGGCAGCGCCUGGUUCACCCUGCCCGCUGCCCUAGGAGGAGGCGCCAGCGGGUCUGGGGCCGUCUGCACCAUGCCGACUAACUUCACGGUGGUGCCGGUGGAGGCACAGGGCGAGGAGCGGCAGCGGGACGGACGGCAGAGAGAGGAAGAAAAUGAAGGCGACGAGAGGGACCGGGGUACUGGGGAUGGGAUUGCCAGGGAAAGUAGUCCAUUUAUUAGCAGUGCAGAAUUGGGCAGAGGAAACAUGUAUGACGGAAAGAAUAUGGCUCUCUUUGAGGAAGAAAUGGAUAGCAACCCCAUGGUGUCAUCUCUUCUGAAUAAACUAGCAAACUACACUAAUCUGACUCAAGGAGUGGUGGAACAUGAAGCAGAUGAAGAUAGCAAACGAAAGGAAGUUAAGGGUCCACAAAUGGGCACUUUUAUUGGUGUGUAUCUUCCCUGUUUGCAAAAUAUCUUGGGAGUCAUCCUUUUCCUACGUUUAACAUGGAUUGUAGGAACAGCUGGAGUUCUUGAGUCUUUCAUCAUUGUGUUCAUGUGCUGUGCUUGUACUAUGCUAACUGCCAUUUCAAUGAGUGCUAUAGCAACAAAUGGUGUAGUUCCAGCUGGAGGCUCUUACUAUAUGAUUUCAAGAUCUUUAGGGCCAGAGUUUGGUGGAGCAGUGGGACUUUGUUUCUACUUGGGCACAACCUUUGCAGGAGCAAUGUACAUUCUUGGUACCAUUGAAAUUUUAUUGACCUAUAUUUCUCCAAGUGCUGCUAUAUUUAAAGUGGCAGAUGGUGAAGAAACAGAGACUAUGCUGAACAACAUGAGAGUCUAUGGAACAUGUAUUAUCAUUCUGAUGGCCAUAGUAGUUUUUGUGGGAGUAAAGUAUGUCAACAAACUUGCACUGGUCUUCCUUGCCUGUGUGAUUCUUUCUAUCCUUGCCAUAUAUGCUGGAGUUAUUAAGACUGCUUUUGACCCACCUGACUUUCCUAUCUGUCUCCUUGGAAACCGUACAUUGUCAAAACGCAGCUUUGAUGUCUGUGCCAAAUUUACUGAAAGCAAUAAUGAAACAAAGACUACACCUUUAUGGCGCCUGUUCUGUGAUAGUUCUUUGCUUAAUGCUACAUGUGAUGAGUACUUUAGUCUCAAUAAUGUAACAGAAAUACAAGGAAUUCCAGGAAUAAGGAGUGGAGUUCUAACUGAUAAUCUCUGGAGUGCCUAUUCAGAAAAAGGAUCAGUAGUUGAGAAAAAAGAUCAGCCAUCAGUUGCUGGAUCAGAAGAGUCAAAAAUGGGUGGCCUUCCUUAUGUUUUUACAGACAUCAUGACCUACUUCACAAUGCUUGUAGGAAUUUAUUUCCCAUCUGUGACAGGUAUUAUGGCAGGUUCAAACAGAUCUGGAGAUCUAAAGGAUGCUCAGAAAUCAAUUCCUACUGGAACAAUUUUGGCUAUUUCAACUACAUCUUUUAUUUAUCUCUCCUGUAUAGUGUUGUUUGGUGCCUGUAUAGAAGGUGUAAUAUUAAGAGAUAAGUUUGGAGAAGCAGUUAAUGGAAAUCUGGUGGUUGGUACCCUGGCCUGGCCUUCUCCAUGGGUUAUUGUGAUUGGUUCCUUCUUUUCAACAUGUGGUGCUGGUCUCCAGAGUCUCACUGGUGCGCCCCGACUGCUGCAGGCCAUUGCAAGAGAUGGCAUUGUACCAUUUAUUCAAAUAUUUGGUCAUGGAAAAGCAAAUGGAGAACCGACUUGGGCUCUACUCCUCACUGCUGGUAUUUGUGAAAUAGGAAUUUUGAUAGCCUCAUUGGACAGCGUAGCGCCGAUUCUUUCAAUGUUUUUCCUUAUGUGCUAUAUGUUUGUAAAUCUGGCUUGUGCAGUUCAGACGCUUUUGCGAACUCCCAACUGGAGACCUCGUUUCAAGUAUUACCACUGGACUCUGUCAUUCCUGGGGAUGAGUUUAUGUCUUGCCUUGAUGUUCAUUUGCUCUUGGUACUAUGCUUUGAUUGCCAUGCUAAUCGCAGGAUGUAUAUACAAAUACAUAGAAUAUAGAGGAGCGGAAAAAGAAUGGGGCGAUGGAAUCCGAGGACUGUCCCUGAAUGCAGCUCGCUAUGCUUUGCUUCGUGUUGAAGACGGUCCUCCUCACACCAAGAACUGGAGACCUCAACUUUUGGUCUUGUUAAACUUGGAUAACGAGCAGUUAGUGAAACACCCUAGAUUGCUUUCUUUUACCUCUCAGUUGAAGGCUGGUAAAGGACUGACUAUUGUGGGUUCUGUGCUUCAGGGAAUCUACUUAGAUAAAUGUGUAGAAACUCAGAAGGCUGAAGAGAAUGUUAAGGCCUUAAUGGGUGUAGAAAAGACUAAAGGAUUUUGCCAGAUUGUGGCUUCUCCUAACUUCAGAGAUGGAAUAUCCUAUUUGAUUCAGUCAGCUGGUCUAGGAGGAAUGAAACAUAACACAGUCCUGAUGGCAUGGCCACAGUCAUGGAAGCAGACAGAAAAUCGUUUCUCAUGGAAAAAUUUUGUUGAUACUGUACGAGAAACAACUGCAGCUCAACAAGCACUUUUGGUGGCUAAAAACAUUGACUUGUUUCCAACAAAUCAAGAGCGUUUUACUGAAGGAAAUAUAGAUGUGUGGUGGAUUGUUCAUGAUGGUGGUAUGCUGAUGUUGCUGCCUUUUCUCCUUCGACAGCACAAGGUUUGGAGAAAAUGUAAAAUGCGUAUCUUCACCGUCGCUCAAAUGGAUGAUAAUAGCAUUCAAAUGAAGAAGGAUCUUCAGAUGUUCUUAUACCACCUUAGACUGAAUGCUCAAGUGGAAGUUGUUGAAAUGUUUGAAAAUGAUAUUUCUGCAUUCACAUAUGAGAAGACACUCAUGAUGGAACAGCGAUCUCAAAUGCUAAAACAGAUGCAGCUAUCAAAGAAUGAAAGAGAAAGAGAGGCCCAGCUUAUCCAUGACAAAAACACUGCCUCACGCUCUGCUCUGGCAGUUGAAGCAAGUGUGGCUGCUGCUGCGCUGGAGAAAGUGCAAAUGACCUGGACUAAAGAAAAGUUUGUAGCAGAAAAGCAUAAAAACAAGGAUUCAAAUGCGUCUGGCUUUAAAGAUAUUUUCAACAUGAAGCCGUAAGAGCUACUCUCUGCGUCAAACCAAUGUAGUAGACACAAAAACAAUGACAGAGGGAAAUCAGCUUGUUUGUUUCCUCAUGUUGUGAUUUUAAGUGCUCACAUGCAUCUUUUCUUAGUUCUGGAAGAAUGUACUUAGAAGCAUAACUGAAAUUAUUUUCUGCACAUGACAAAACCAAAACUGUGGAUGUUACAGGAAAACUUAAUAUCUAAAUGAAAUGCAUCUUAAAUCUAGGACUUGUAGGCAAUGCAGUUAGAAAGCAUAUUUAAAAUUAGUACCUCAAAGUCGUAAGUUGUUUCAUGGAUUUGCUUUCAGCUCUUUAGAAACAGUUUGCCUUCUGCACAUUCCAAAAAUUAUUGUGCUCAUGCUCUAAAGUGUUGUCUUAGGCUGCAUUACACUCUAAACAUUAGGGGCUUUUAAAAUUUAUAUGUUUGAAACAUUUCUUAUUACUACUUUGGAAUUGUGCAAGACACUGAUUUCAGAUAUUAUUUUAAGACUACUGUGUAUAGUUGGCUAGCAAUUACAGUUCAAGUUUGGUGUGCCUGUACAAUAUAUUAACAUUGUUGAUUUAAAAGUGUACCUGAUGACAUAAUUUUUUUUUCUAUGAAUUUGCUUCCCUUUCACAUAGAGAAUGGGGAAAUCUGUAAGUUUAAAUUUCACUUCACUUAAACAACAUAGGCUAAGUUCCUUGGUUCUUGUGAUCUUGUACAUUGUAUGCAUGCUUCUAAAUCAUAAUUUGCAGUGCAUGUAUUCUUUUGUUCCUUGUUUAAUAUACUGUGAUUUAGCAUGUCACUGAAAAAAUAUUCAUCAUUGUGACUUGCUAAUGUUCUCUUAAAUAUGGUCAAUUUUCUAUUCUGUAACACAAAACGUGUUGUAGUUUCUGUAAGAAUAUAAAACUUGACAGUGUUCCUCUGCACCAGCAUAAUAUUUAGUGUUCUAAUUAACGACAUUAAAAAAUUAAUAUAUUUUUGUUCUAGAAGAAUAGCCUCCCAUUGUGUUAUAACUACUUGGACAAUAGGGAAUAUAUCAAAAAGGGAACUUUCAUGUUUCAUCAGAAGUCAGUUCUUGCCUGCCUUCUACCAACUCAUGCAUGUGUAGAAAUAACAUAAAUUCAGACAUACAUUGGGCACACAAAAAUAGAAUACUACGUCUCUUGAGUGGAACUCACCUGAUUACUCUGCUUUUUUUCAGAGUUCAGCAUUUUCUUAAUUAUAUCUGCGUAACAAAUUAAGCUUCUCAUGAAAAUUUUGGAAGUUUAUUUUGUUUACUAUAUAUGAUUUCAGUUCUACCAAUACUUGAAGGAUAAGUGAUGUCAGCCUCAGUCACAUUUUACACAACAUGAGCCUUUAUUUCAGUGCUGAGUUUUUGCCCGCUCUAUCAUAAAGUUACACCCUGCAUUUUUUUUUUUAGUUUAACAGUGUUUCAGUUUCAAUAUUUAUACAUCUCAGUUAUAAAAUCUUGCCUCUCUUCAUAGUUCUUGUUGGGUUUUCUCAAAAUGCAGUUGUGCUUCUAAAAAACAGAACUUCAAGCAUUCCUUUGUUCCAAUAUAGUUUUUUGUACAAUUGGUUCUUAGGAUAGAUGACCACCGUGAUAGAAAAUCCCCCAGAACAGACUGAUAAACUCAGUUUUAGAAAUGUCAUUCUCUUGUAGGGGGAAGAUGGGAGGUGGCAGACAUGAAGAAUCAAUUUAAUUGAUAGGGCUGGUUUUCACUGACUACUAAAUUUCAGGCCAAAUGCCUUUUACCUAUUUAAUUAAAACAAAAAACAAAAAACCCACCCACACACACACAAAAAAACCAACAACAAAAAAAACCCACCCUACUUUUAGGAAGCAGAUCUUUUGGAUAAAAGGACUAAGGUAGAGGUUGAUUAUUUUGGUCACACUGUAGCAUAUGACUCAUUUCCAGCCUUGGCUAACUUUACACAGAUAGCUGUUUCUCAGGAACUGUAAGGAAACUAUUCUUUUAUUUUGUUCUGAAAAAUCACUAAACCAUACAAGAGAGAUACUAAAAUAAGGACAUUUUUAAAAUCCUAGUAGUUUUUUCUUCUUGUGCACAAAUCUACAACAAUUAUAUUUGUAGAUGCAACGAGGAAAAUAGGAAGUUUUGAUAAUGUAAGGGGGUAAGCUCAAUUUCGGUUCACUUCUUACUGCCUUACUGUUAGAAAAUGAGUAGCUAGCAUUUUUUUUUCAAAAUUCUAUGGUGUUUCUGAAUUUUCUUUACCAGCUUACAGAAUUUUGUAAUGUUUCCAAAGGACCAUGAGUAAAAUUUUGUACUGUACAACAUAAAUACUGUGAUCUUUCCAUUGCAUUCCUGUAUUUUCAUUGUUUGGAAAUUCUUGUAUAACUCCAGUUACUUUUUUAUAGAAGUCAUUGUCCUGGAUUAAGGCAAAUUUGGAAUAAAUGGGAUUCUUAGUGGUUCUUGUCUGACAUUUAAUAUCUAUUGCAACUAAGGUUUUGAUUCAUCUGAGUAAAAGAUAAUUGACAACUGAAAGAUUUGUGCAUUCUGACAAUUUACUUAGAACUGCUUGAAAUUCAGAAUUAAAUUUUCUUGUCAAAGGCAUUGCAUUUAAUUUAUUUUUAAUACGUACAAAUACUAGUGUCUAUGAAAACAGCUUGUUUUACAUGCUUAUAAUUUCAAAUAAACCAUGUAUGAUUCAGUUACAUAAGUAUUAUGACAAUGCUUAAAAAUGUUUCUUUGCAUGCUAGGAAUCAGUCAAAUGUGAGAAGAAUGCACACUGCUGUGAAGCUCAACGGAGUAGUGCUUAAUAAAUCACAGCAUGCUCAGCUAGUUCUCCUGAACAUGCCUGGACCUCCUAAAAACAGAAAAGGGGAUGAAAACU